AUGGCGCCUGCCUGCCACCUCGCGACGGCGACGAUGGCCGCCGUCGUCGCGUUCCUCCUGCUCGCCGGCGGCCGGGGCGCCGAGGCGGAGGCGGACACGAUAGGCUGCCGCAUCGCGCGGUUCGCGUUCGGCGCCUGCACCGGCUACGUCGCCGGCCGCGAGGGCGCCGAGGUCACUCCCCGCUGCUGCAAGGGGCUCGGCAUCAUCAAGGACUUGGCGACCACUGCGGAGCAGCGGCGGGAGCUCUGCGAGUGCGUGCACUUGGUCAUGAUCGCCGGCGGCCGGGUGAUCCCCCGCCGCGGCCAGCUCCUCCGCACCGCGUGCGGCUUCAGCGUCGACUUCCUCCCGACCAACUUCUACUUCAACUGCUCCCGCCUCCCGGAUCUGUGGCCUGAUUAA